AUGACUAGAAUCGAUCAUCCUGAAGUUUCUAAUCAAUUAUAUGCCAAUUAUGCUAUUGGUAAGGAUACAGCAGCUAUGAAAGCUGUGGUUGGUGAGGAGGCACUUUCUGACGAAGAUCAUUUAUAUUUGGAAUUUUUAAAAAAAUUCGAAUCUUAAUAUAUUGCUUAAGGUCAUUAUGAAACUAGAUCUAUUUUCUAAUCUUUAGAUAAAGCUUGGGAUUUAUUGAGAAUUUUCCCUCCUGAUUCUUUAAAAAAAAUAAAACAAAGUACAAAGGAUGAAUUUUAUGCUAAAAGAGCUGAUGAUGAUAAUAAAUGA